GUAGAAUAUGUAACAUUGUAGUAGAAUCACCAAGUGUCUGGCUCAAAAUUAACAUUCAGAUUUGGCGCACUCCUCUUUUGUAUGUUUAGGUAGCAAUUGAAUUUCAUCAGUACAAGCACUGACAAGAAUCUUAGAAUCAUAAGAGUGAUCUGGGUUGGAAGAGACCUUAAUGAAGUCUCUUAAUGAGGUAACCUUAAUGAGGUUACCAUGGUGUAACUGCAUCAGUGGACAAGGGAAAAGCUGCUGAUGUUGUCUGUCUGGAUGUCAGUAAGGCCUUUGAAUGAGUUUCCCAUGCCAUCCUUCUCUCCAAAUUGGAAAUAUAUGGAUUUGACAGGUGGGCUGUUCAAUGGAUGAGGAUCUGGUUGUAAGAUCAUACCCACAGAGCAUUGAUCAAUGGUUCAGUGUCCAGAUGGAGAUUGGUGACAAGUUGUGUCCCUCAGGUCAGUACUGAAACUAGUGAUCUUCAACAUUUUCAUCAGCGACACUGACAGUGGGAUGGAGUGCACCCUCAGCAAGUUUACAGAUGACAUCAAGUUGCGUGGUGUGGUCAACAAGCCUAAGAGACAGGAUGCCCUUCAGAGAGACCUAAAUAGGCUCAAGCAGUGGGCCCAGGUGAACCUCAUGAGGUAAAACAAAUCCAAGUGCAAGGUCUUGCACCUGAGUUGUGGCAGCCCCUGCUAUCAGUACAAGCUGGGGGAUGAAAGGAUAGAGCACAGCCCUGCCAAAAAGGGAUGUGGGGGUACUGGUGGUUGGUAAGCUGGAAAUGAGACAGCAGUGUGCCCUUGCAGCCCAGAAAGCCAGCUGUAUUCUGGGCUGCAUCAAAAGAAAUGUGCUCAGCAGGUUGGGAGAGGUGAUCCUGCCCCUCUGCUCCGUGCUGGUGAGAUCUCACCUGAAGUACUGUGUCUAGAUGUGAAGUCUUCAGGAGAGUAGUGGACCUGUUACAGUGUGUCUAGUGGAGGGCCACAAAAAUGAUCCAAGGGAUGGAACACCUCCCCUACGAGGACAGGCUGAGAGCUGGGGUUGUUCAGCCUGGAGAAGAGAAGGCUCCAGGGAAACAGGACAGCAGCCUUUCAGUAUCUAAAGAGGGCUAUAAGAAGGAAGGGGACAGACUCUUUAGCAAGUUUGUUGUGAUAGAACAAGGGGAAAUGGUCUCAAGCUAAAAAGGGUGAGAUUUAGAUUGGAUAUAUGGAAGAAGAUUUGAUAUAAUUUAUUUACAAUUGGAUAUAAGUUAUUCGGAAGAUCUUUAAAGUGGGAUUUGUAUCAUUGACGAGUCCUGUCCAUACUGACAGUUUUUGUGGAGGAGUGUUUUAUCCUGGCUUUUGCCAGUAGAGGCCAGUCACUAUGCUGAGUAGUCAGUUGCCUCAGCAUUUUUCACUUCCUGGAGGCCAGCCUUUCUGGUAGAGCUGAAUUCGUGGUGGGCUGCUGUACAAGGAAUUAAUUGGAUCAUCAAGACAGUUCUUGGUGAAGCUGGAGGGGCAAACAAGAGCUGCAGAAGAGCUGAGGGAAACUGGAGAGACUAGAGGUUAAUGAAAGAGCAGGAAUAUAUUAGGGAAGGAUGAGAGAGAAAUAAGAAGUGAAAUCAUAAAAACAGGAAGAACAGGACCAGAAGGGGUGUUCCCUGGAAAGACUGCAUGAUGGGAAAUGUCUCUGUCUGGAAAGAGCUAUCUUAGGCUUGGUCUUGUCUGCAAAUAUCUUUCAUACUUCGCUGAUCACGGUAUUUUGCCUCCUUUAAUCUGCAACUGGAGUCUUGAUUCAUUUAAGACACAGAGCUACUGAUGAAGGAAGAGAGACAGUGAGGCGUGGGAUGACUUGAGACAGAACUGUUUUGGACCUGAAGAUCAGACAGUGCUUGUUCUGAUCCUCGGCACCACUUCGAACCUUUGGAUAAAAGGAAGACUCGUGCCACUGAAUGUCAGACAAAUUUUCUGAACUCUUACAAGUGUGUGCCCUUUGGAAGAAGUUUGUAGGCCUCAUUCUAUUGGAGGGUAUGUUAUAAUUUUGAGUUUAUAAAGAUCAAAAUCUUAAUGUGAAAUGAGUGCAGACUUCCGCAAACUCCUUUUUGAAAUUUCUGAGGCUUUGGUCACAGAAGAACUGGCAGCUCUGAAGUUUCUCAGCUUGGAGCAUGUCCCUGUGAGGAAGCAGGAAGAUAUUGAGGAGCCCAAAGCUUUCUUUGAAGUGCUGCGGGAGAAAGGGAUGAUCAAGGUGGGAGACCUGUUCUUCUUGAAGGAGCUGCUCUACCGGAUCGAUCGGAUAGACCUUCUGGCUGCCCACCUGGGCUCCAGCCAAGAGGAGAUGGAGAGGGAGCUCCAGAUCCCAGGCAGGGCAAAGGUGUCAGCCUACAGACAACUGCUAUAUGGAAUUGCUGAGGACUUAGAUCCAGAAGAUGUCAGGAGUGUAAAAUUCCUGCUGCAAGAAAAAUUACCAAAGAACAAGCUACAGGACAAUGCUUCAAUGUUGAAGGUAUUAGUGGAAAUGGAAAGAAAUGGGAUAAUUAAGGAAGAUGACCUAACAAUGCUGAAGAGUAUAUUAGAGGCAUUUAGAGAAGACCUAAAGAAAAAAAUUGAUGACUAUGAAGAAAAAACAAAAGAAAAUGAUUCUAACGAAAAACUGAGCUUUCCAGUCUGUGUGUCUAUGCAUCCACGAGGACAAGGAGCAGAGGGUGGGACACCAUUCCUGCUAAUGGAAUCAUAUAAGAUGGAAAAUAACCCCCAUGGUUACUGCGUGAUUCUGAACAACUACCGUUUUCAAAAUCCAGAUGAAACCAGAGAAGGAACAGUGGAAGAUGGAAAGGCUCUGAAGAGAGUAUUUAAAUGGCUUCAGUUUGACACAAUUGAGUACAUGGAUCUAGAAGCAAAGCAAAUGCUUGCAAAAGUUAAAGAAUACAGCAAAAAAGAUCAUAGCAACAUGGACUGUUUUGUCUGCUUCAUUCUUUCGCAUGGUGAAAAAGACAAAAUAAAAGGUGUUGAUCGUGAACUUGUAAAUAUUAAAGAUUUACUCUCCUGCUUCAGUGGAUCUAAUUGUCCUUCUCUUGCUGGGAAACCCAAGCUGUUUUUCAUCCAGGCCUGCCAGGGCUCUGCAGGUCAUCCAGCUGUCACAGUAAAGGAGGACUGUUCUGGUAAUCUUCAGACGGAUGCUAUCCCUCUGCCUUCCAUUCCUGACCAGGCUGAUGUUCUGGUUGGCAUGGCUACUGUGGAAGACUUUGAGUGCUACCGUUCUAUAGAGACGGGUAGUGUUUACAUUCAGUGCCUCUGUGACAAGAUGGAGUUACUUUGCCCACUACAAAAGGAUCUCAUAACCAUCCUGACAGAAGUGAGCAAGGAAGUGGGAAGAAGAGUAUUAAACGGGUGGAAGCAGAUGCCAAAGAUAACAUCAACCCUACGGAAACAGCUUAUCUUCCAAAUUCCACAAUGCCAGUCAACUGAAAAGCAGAAAAAUAAGAAUGUCCUCAAUUAGGAAAAGCUUCUGGAAUGGAAUUCCACAGGGAAUUUAAGAGAACUUGCAAGAGAAAUUGUCUGGAUCCAUGCAGUUAGUUGCUGUCCUGUGAGGAGCCAUCUGACCUACAUUUUUCAAAUGCCGUGUCUAAUGAGUCUUCUCAAACUUGAACUGGUAGGUUUCCUAAGGCAGUGGAGGAGUAAGGACUUGCUUUCCUGUCCUACAGAAGCAAUGAAGUCUGUUCAGCCCUGAUCUUAAGUGAGGAAGCACCUCCAAGCAGUAUGAUUUUUAAGUGCUACAUGCUACUGGAAUGAUCAUUUCUACCUGUUAAGAGAGUAAGUCCUUGAAAUCUGAAGAAAAGAACAGAAGAUCCAGAGUGCCAGCUCCCUUCCCAGGGAACUUGUUUAAGGCUAUAACUGAUUUGCCCAGAAGUGAGUGACUGGGUAUCUCUGGAAGCUGUGUAGUUUUCCACAGAAAAUAUCAUCUGUGUCCAGAAGGACCAAAAAAAGAUGAUUAUUAUAUGUCUGGUUCUUUUCCUUCACGCUUUUUAAAUUUGCUUUAUGUUAUUAAUUUGCAUCGUUGGGCAGCAUUGCUGGUUAGGAUUUUUAAUAAUAUGUUCCAAUUGUGCUCUUUCUCAGAGUGCUUGGGAAGCACUUUUGAAAGGCUGUUGACCACUGGAAGUAAGGUCCAACUCCAUGAGGUUCACAAUUCUGAGAUGCUGUCACCUCCUGGCAACUGGCUGUAGCUUCUACGGGCUCCAAAUCUCUGUUGUAAUAAAUGCUGUUGGUUGUCACAUCA